ACAAGGAAGGCUCGGAAGUGGCGUCUGUUAUGGCAAAAGGGAAGCUGAAGAAGAAAUCACAAGGCACAUCUCCAGUCAUAGGGGCGAACCCUGCAAGCCAGAAAGAAAUGACACAACCAGAGAAACAUAUCUUUUCCCUCGCUGCCCUCGCUUUGGUCGUAGCUGUUUGCGUGGUACCGCUGACAGCUGAAAUAUCUACCUCUGGCCUCUCUCAUAAAAAGCACAUAUCCCUGAAGAUGGAUGAGGCGAUUCUGACAGUCAACAAUGAGCUGGACAGUGACGUGGUGGUGUCCUGGGUGUCAGAGCGAUGCUAUCAGUGUUUGUACCAGCAGCUGGGGGUGCUACCCGCAGGGCCCGGUCCUGGCCAGCCCAGUUCGGCAAACUUCGUUGUGAGCACACAGCAUGAAAUCACACUACAGCUCAACAGAACCUCUAGCAACCUGGAGCUCUGCACGGUUCCAUUCCACUUUGGGGAGCACGGGAACUACUCUCUGUGGGUGAAGAAUCUGAACAACUCCUCAGUAGUCAACUGCUCCGUCGUGACUGAUGCGGACCCCGUCAACAGCUACAUACCGAUCUUGGUAGCUUUCCUUAUCUUCGCUGGGCUGGCCUUGGCUUCUGCCAUCGGAACAAAAAUAUUAGGGCUUGACGUAGUGAAGGGUAUCCUGUUCCGAUUCAGCGGCUCCAUGGAGACGGAGAGGCUCAUCAACUCUGAGCUGGGCUCCCCUAGCAGGACGGUGUCACCAGUGGCCGACAACAUCCUCCCUCCAGCUCCCAGCCACAGCAAGAGGCUGCGAUCUCUGGACACAUUCAGAGGUUUUUCCUUAGUCAUUAUGGUGUUUGUGAACUAUGGAGGAGGGCGAUACUGGUUCUUUAGACAUGAAAGCUGGAAUGGCCUGACUGUUGCAGAUCUAGUCUUCCCUUGGUUUGUGUUCAUAAUGGGGACGUCCAUCGCGCUUUCAAUCAACUCCAUGCUCCGUGCGGGCUCCACCCGCCGUUCGCUGCUGAGGAAAGUCGCGUGGAGGAGCGCGCAGCUCUUCAUCAUCGGCGUCUUCAUCGUCAACCCAAACUACUGCCACGGACCGCUGUCUUGGGACAAUCUGAGGAUCCCCGGUGUGUUGCAGCGCCUGGCCUGGUCUUACCUGGCUGUGGCCUGUCUGGAUCUGUUGUUUGCGAGAGGUCAUCUUGACAUCCUUACAACGGAUGCUUGGUGGUCCCCUGGCCUGGACAUCAUGCUGUACUGGCCCGCCUGGCUGUGUGUGCUUCUCUUAGAAGUCAUCUGGCUGUGCCUCACUUUCCUACUUCCUGUGCCAGAUUGCCCAACAGGCUAUCUGGGUCCAGGUGGGAUCGGGGACAUGGGCUUGCACGCCAACUGUACCGGUGGAGCGGCCGCCUUCAUUGACCGAUGGCUGCUCGGAGAGAACCACAUCUACCAGACUCCUUCGUCACGGAUGAUUUACGCAACUCGUGUGCCAUAUGAUCCAGAAGGUGUUCUGGGCAGCAUCAACUCCAUCCUCAUGGCUUUUCUUGGACUGCAGGCAGGAAAAAUAAUCUUACACUACAGAGAUCUCCACACAAGUAUAAUAUCAAGAUUCCUAAAUGAUGGGACACUGUUGACAUCAGAAUUGAAGGAGGUCAAAUCUGAAAAUAUUAGGAAAGCGGUCCAAACUAUGGUGGUUAUCUGUCACUACAUUAUUUUUCUUUCAACCAGCACAUCUUUUAGUUUUUUAAUUUCUUUUUCCAAAGAUCUUGAGAUACGCAGCGGCUGCCAAACAUCUUAACUCACUCAGGAAGAACGCGUAUGGUGUGGGAAUUUGAGAACUGUGAACACUGACAUUGUUGAUCUGCCAUUUAAUUGUGUUAUAGACGCUCGGUUUUCAUUCCUCAUCUUGCACCGCAGACGGCGGCAGCAGCAGCAGGCUGUUGCAGUGGUGGUUUGUUGACUUCCCUUUGGGAGAAUCCCUGCUGCCAUCUUAAAGUACUGUCGCAUUGCUCUGAAAAGCUGAUGUGGGUUAUUGUGAGACUGACCCUUCCAGAGCAGGAGACAUUAAAAGAGAAAAGGCAACCAAUAAUGCGUUGUGAUCUCCUGUUUCCACUGCAGUGGAUGAUGGACGUGAUAUUCAAACAAGGGGAAACCAGCGUGUAGAGGUUUUUAAAAUAUGAAUGUUAAACUAUCUGCUGCAAUGUUUCAUUCCUCAGUCGUCUUUUUUUCCCCCAAUCCUCUGCUCCCCCAGUGGUGCGACACAUGAAGCUGUGUGUUACCAAGAGCUGAGGGGAAGUGAAGGAGGGCAUGUGAGAUGACUGUAGCCCACUGGAGGGUGCUUGCUUUGCAUUUUUGGUCCAUGCAGAAGGAUUCAUGUGUAUGAGUUUCUUUUUGAUCAGGGUUUUUUUUGUAACACAAUGUUGGCAUUGGCAGAAGUGAUCUGCCUUUCUCUUGCCAAAAGUUAGCUAUUUUGGAGUUUAUAGAAAGCAAUUGUACUGAACAGUAGUUUAAUUAUGGGAUUCUGAGGUGUGGUGACAUCUUAUCUCACCAUAAAACUGUUACUAUUACUCUCACCAUACUGCAUGCAUGUACGAUUGGCAGGUAUUACUUUUAUUAACGCAGUCUGCAAAAUCAUAUGUUCAGUCUGUGAAAUAUCCAAAUGCUGUGGGUGAUUUUUGGAAUAAUUCAUCUAGUACUGUCUAAAUUGAUGAAAAUCAUUGUGCCAAACUUUUAUACAUUUUUUUUUAUUCACAGUUUGAAAAUAAGUUUAUGUAAUAAAAUAUAAAUAUCCAAAACAU